CGCGUGGGCAUUUUCCCAUUAAUAAAUGCGAUCCAAUUAUUGUCUUCUUCCCAUAUACUUGCUUGUUGGAUCAUGAAAAUGCUCAUCAACUUUCACUGUAUGAUUGAUGAACAUGUUAUCAAUACUAAUUUCGUUUUUUUUUUUUUUUCUUCUCCAAAUAUUUUUUCUCAACAUAUUAAUUUUCUGUUCCAGCACCAACCUGAUAAUAUCUGAGUGAAAGCUCAUCUCUGAUUGUGGAGGGCUAUGGAGGCUUAUAAGAGAUGGAUUAGGAGGAAUAAACAUUUUGUCCUUAAAUUCGAUACUCUUGCCAAUUAUUUGACAUGGCUCCUCCCAGAUGAGUUUGCUGAAUCAGAAAUUGGGCCAGAAGCAGGUUUUGUGAAACUUUGUGUCAUCUCUUGUAGGAAUGAUUACUACCGUAAAUGAAUUUAUAAUAGAGACAAGUCCAACCGAGGUACAUACGAGAUGUGCAGAGUGUGCUUUUAUCCCUUUAUCAUUAUGCCUUACCUUACUGAAAGACUUGGAGACAACGAUUGAGGUUGUGGGUGAACAGAUUUAUGGUGAAAAGAACAAAUGGAAUCUGAUUGCCGUUACUGAGGCUGUCAAGGUUUGUAUUAGGCUACUUAUCUUCAGGAAUUCUGGGUACAAAAUGCUUUUACAAGGAGGGGAGACUGAAAAUGCUGAAACUGAUUCUGAUUCUUCUUGUCCCGAAGAAAUGAAGAGGCAGCUUGAUAAGCCUACAGGGAAAGAAGAGUCUGGUAUCACAAAAAAACUACAUUUGCAAAACUCGGGGAAUCUUGAAGACAGGGCAAUAUCUGCCUUAAGCAGUUUUAGCAAGAAUGCUACAAGUAAACUAGUUGAGAAACCUAGUCUACGGACUUUCUUAUCUGAGAAAGGUAUUCCUGGGGGCUUCUUUGUGACCGGCGAGAUUUUGUUCAUCAUAAGGCCUCUUGUUUAUGUCCUAUUGAUGAGGAAAUAUGGAACACGCUCGUGGUUUCCCUGGUGUAUGUCGCUGGCUGUGGACCUCAUCGGAAAUAGCAUUCUCUCAUUUACAUUGAUGUCUCAGCAUAGCGGGAAAACUCAGCAGCUUCAGCCUUCUGACUCUGAGAAGGACGAGUUGAAAAGGCGGAGAAUGUUAUGGGCGUUGUACCUAAUGUGGGAUCCAUUUUUUACCAAGUAUACCAGGCAAAGACUCAAAAGCACUCAAAGGCUAGCGCAACCUGUUCCCAUUCUUGGAUUUGUUGCAGAAAAAUUAGUUGAAAUUGUUAUUGGAGUCCAAUCGCGUUACACAUACACGUCUGGUUCAUAACCGGGGGAAGCUAUCAGGAGAAAUUUGUAGCCUCUACAUCUAGAUAUUUGCAGUCUCUCUCUUUAUUCCUUUUCUUGGGGAUUUGGCUUUGAGGCAUAGCUGAUUGAUUUUCUUUAUUUGAGGAGAAUUUACUAUCACAUUUGUGUUGUCAUGUUGGCGGGCUUCUCUCUCUUUAACCCCACCCCAUCAGUUGAGUAUAGUCAAAGUAUGUUCCAAAAUGUUCAAAGUUUAUUUUUUGAUAUAAUCAUCUGGUAUCCAAAACCCACUUGCCUGACAUUAAAGGGGGAAACGAUCUCUACCAAUGGUUUCUCCAAA